AUGGUGAAUUCGUUUAUUGUUUUGGUGAUCAAGAGUCAAGAGAGUAUGGCGAGCAAACCAUUCUCUUUUGAUUUCUUGAAUGGAAUUUGGGCAGAUGGUUCCAGCUCGAGCUUCUUCAGUGUUGAACCAAUUGGUCCGCGACAAGAGACUUUUUCUUUGCCGGAGAUGGUUAAGGCCCUCCAGAAUCCUGACACCCGAGACCGUGCUCUUCACCUCCUUGCAACGAAAAUAAGAGGGCAUGAUGAAAUGAAAUUUAUUUGUAAGGAUGCUCGCAAAGAUCAGUUGGCACUGUUAUUGUGGAAAACUCCCGGUAUUAUCUUUGUACUCUUGCAGGAAGUAAUUGAUACAUAUCGCGUGCUUUCAACUUCACAGCUAACUGAUAAUGUAACCACUCGAGUCUGCAAUGCUCUUUCUUUGCUUCAGAAGGUAGCUUCCCACCCAGAAACAACUCUGCAGUUUAUGAAGGCUAGUAUACCGCAAUAUCUCUACCCCUUCCUCAACAUCACGGAGACGGAUCGGGCUCAUGAAUACCUAAGGCUUACCAGUUUGGGCGUUAUCGGUUCCAUGCUGAAGGUCUGUAGUUCCUCCAGUUCUCUAUUAGUUCUAAAAUGGAUUAGCUUUAUCAAAAAAAUCAAAGAUUUAUGGAUUAAUCCACAGGAUGACAGCAACGACGAAGCUGUAGUAUUCCUUCUCAGUAGUGAAGUAUUCCCUUAUGUCCUUCGUUGCAUGAACGUGGGCGCUGAAUUGUCCAAAACAGUUGCGGUGUAUAUAAUUCACAGGAUUUUACUGAAUAGGGAGGGGGUGAGAUAUUGUUGCACUGUUGGAGAAAGGUAUUAUGCAGUGGCCAAAACAUUAGCAAAUAUGGUUGAUGAAAUCCCUGUUCACGUAUCCUGCAAAAGGCUGCUGAAGCAUAUUGUUUCCUGCUAUGUUACCCUCUCAGAAAACGCAAGGUCAUGUGAUGGAUUAGUUACUUGCUUUCCAAGGAGGCUAGUUGAUGGUAGCUUUUAUCACCUCCUGAAUGAUGACCCAGCAGUGAAAGUUUACCUGCAAAAAUUGCUUCACACCAUCCAUGGUGGAAGCAGGGCUAAAAUUCAACUAGCUGAAGAGGCAUUGGGUCGAUUUAUUGGGAGCUAG